UUGGGGAAUUCACUAACAGCUCUUAGCUCCUUCCUCUCUUCUCUCUGUCUGGGUUUCUGGUUUCAUGGUUUACCACUGAUGGACUUCGUCGGAGAUGGAGAUUCUGAAUCAGUAAUCUUAACCAUCCAUUGAUUGAAUCACUCAGAGCUUGAAUGAUUUAGGAACAUCUUCCACGCUUCUAGAUCCUAAAAUGACACCCAGAACAAGUAGAGGUCCUAGAGAUCAGAAGUCCAGAGUUUCUUCCAACGAGGGCCCACAUUGGGUUCUAAUUGCUGGUGGUGUACUAUUGAGCACUCUAUCAAUUCGCCUAGGUUACAAGCUGAAACAAGCAUUUGAGCCGAGGCAGCUGAAGGAUAGUGGCAGUUCUUUGACAGGAAAUGUGAAGUCUUCUGACAGAAGAAAGGUUGCUGGAUGUCUUUGCUCAAAUUUAUAUUCAUAUACACGAGAUGAUGAAUGUUCCUUCAACUGUAUGCCAGGGACUCAAUGUACGACGGAUGUGAAGUGCCCACCUACAGAUCAAAUGGUGGUUGCAUCUGAGACCGCUCUUCCUUUGGUAAUGGUUCCAGCUUCUGAAUUCAACAAGGAGAAUGGUGUUAUCUGGGCAGCUUCUCCUGAUCGGCUCGAGUUGCCUGCAAAGCAAUUCCAUCAUUCGAACUGCUCAGAUUCACCUUGUGUCUCGGAGUCCGGUUCCGAUAUCUUCAGCAAACGUGAAGUGAUUCAUAAGCUAAGACACCAAUUGAAAAGGAGAGAUGAUAUGCUACUAGAAAUGCAAGAUCAAAUCGUUCACUUGCAAAAUUCUCUUAACGCUCAGGUAGCCCACUCCUCUCAUUUACAGUCACAAAUUGAUACUGCAAACCAAGACUUGUUUGAUUCAGAAAAAGAGAUUCAGAGGCUCAGAAAAGCAAUUGCAGAUCACUGUUUGGGACAGGCAGGCCCCAACGAUAAGUCGCCGUCAACAGUAAGAAGUUGGUCGAGCGAGACGAGGAACGGUCAUGCAAAUGGUUAUAUGGAUGGUAAUUGCAACUUUGAGGUAGCUGAGAAAGUAAGAGAGGAAGAGAGAAUUGAGAUGUUCAAAAAGGAGGUAGGGGACUUAAAGGAAGUGAUAGAAGGAAAAGAAUAUCUAUUGCAAAGCUACAAGGAGCAGAAGACAGAGCUUUCUUUGAAGAUCAAGGAAUUGCAACAGAGAUUAGACUCUCAACUUCCCAACAUUUUGUAGGAUCAUUCCAGAUUUUUGUGUGUAUUCUUUGCUUGCCUCAUUUUCAAGUUAUGAUCUCAAUAUCUCUCCUCAUUUUUAAGUUCUCUAACUUUUUGGUUGGUUAUUAGUUAGUAUAGGUUGUUUUGAUGCUUUUUUUUUUUUUUUUUUUUUUUUUGAAUGGAGUGCAAACUGAAAAGACAGGAAGGUGAUUGGCAUGCCUAGUUGGCCACCUGCUCUUUGAAGAUUUUAUUUAAUUAAUUGGUUUAAUCUCAUUUUGAAAAGGGCUCCCA